UUAUCAUGGAGCACCGAGCUGAUGUUGUUCCAAAGACUGCAGAGAACUUCCAAGCUUUGUACACUGGUGAAAAAGGCUUUGGGUACAAAGGUUCCACAUUCCACAGGGUCUUUCCAAAUUUCAUGUUCCAGUGUGGUGACUUCACAAACCACAAUGGAAAUGGGGGAAAGUCUCUUUAUGGCAACAAGUUUGCUGCUGAGAACUUCACCCUAAAGCACACAAGACCUGGUAUAUUAUCAAUGGCUAAUGCAGGGCCUAACACCAAUGGUUCCCAGUUUUUCAUCUGCACUGCUAAGACUGAGUGGUUGGAUACAAAGUAUGUUGUAUUUGGUUCUGUGGUGGAGGGAAUGGAAGUCAUUACCAAGGUAGAAUCAUUUGGCCCCCAAAAGUGGCAAACCCCAUAAGUUAGUAAAAAUCAAGGACUGUGGACAGCUCUGAGUUAACCAAUCAAGCUUCCUGAUGUGAUGAUUUUUUUCCCAGUACCCUCACCUACCCCAGAUCCAUCACAUUGAUACCAUUGU